UGUCUGUCUUAUUGCAUCUCACACGCCACCUGCUUAGGUCCCUCAUCAAAGCACAACACGGAGGUGGAGUGCCUCACUUUCUCUACCAGACGUUGUGGAAUAACCCGCGUGUACUCACGUAUGCGUAUGCUCAUGCACUCCUAACUCACUGGAGAAACAUAGAUAUACUGCUGUUCCACAGCAUACAGCACAGCAGUGUGUCACCUCUUUCUCACCAGCUAUCAGCUCCAGAAGAACAGGGCUACUGAGGACAAAUUGUUGAAACACAAUGCACCCACAGAGCCUCCCCAUCGCAGGAGUGUAAGAGCCCCGAUCCAACAUGGGGAGUCGUUCCAGCAAAGAUCGCCGGAGCUCCAACUCGCAGGCUUCUCUUCUGAGCCAGGAAGUGAAUGCUGAGCCCGCCGCAGUGGAUGAUAACAGACAUGUCGUGGUGUCUCUGUACAACUAUCCCUCUGAAGAACUAACGGACUGCCUCAUUCGUGUGGGAGAGAAGCUCAACAUCCUAUCAGAAGAAGGUGAUUGGUGGCGGGUGAGUUCCUCAGCAACAGGCAAGGAAAGCUACAUCCCUAGCAACUAUACUGCCAAAGUGUUCCACAGGUGGCAAUUUAAGGGCAUCAGUAGAGAGAAGGCAGAGGAGCUGCUGCUGCUCCCUUACAACCAGGCUGGGUCCUUCUUGAUCCGGGAGAGCCAGACCUGCAUUGGUACCCACUCCCUGUCUAUAAAAAGGAGCAUAGGCUCUGGCAGAGCCUCUGUGAAACAUUAUCGCAUACACCAGCUGCAAAACGGCUGGUACUACAUCUCGCCCAGGCUCACUUUCUCCUCUCUGACCCAGCUGGUGGACCACUACUCUGAGGUGGCUGAUGGACUCUGCUGUUUGCUGGGAGAACCAUGCUUCAUCUUUGGAUCUAACAAUGUCCCCGUGACCACCAGCGCACCACCAAUGGCCGUAAGGAAGGCCACCCUCAACUGGAAGGAUGUGGACAGCUCCAUGAUUUUCAGCAAGGACAAAGUGGACACAGAAGAAUCCCUGGUCAGUGAGGGGCUAAGGGAAGCCAUCAACUCAUAUUUGUUCAUGACAAAUGAAGGGAACUGUGAGGACUGUGAGCUCAGCUGGAAUACCUGAAAAUGAAGACCAGUUUCACUCCUCAAGGAGAGUUCACUAGUGACAACAAAGAUAAUGGCAGGAGCAGGCUUGUGCACAGAGACCAAGCUACAAGACCUUCUGCCUGUUUACAAGAGGGCAUACAGACGCUCCCUUUUUCAGUAGACAACAUGUUUCUGAAGGUAGACUUUUUCAAUUCCAAGACCCAGCCUCUACAAGGCUCUAAAAUGGAGGCUACUUUUGCAUAAUUGCCAUUUUGAAUGGGUUUUAACAAAGGGGAAAAGUACUACAGAACAAAAGAGCAUACCGGAGCUGCUGUAUGCAUCAUCCAACACUCUGAAGAGGUGAAUGGAAGAUCGGUUUCUACUACAUUAUCUUUUUGGUCAAACGGAGGACUGAUCAUAGAGCUAAAUAACUGUACACCUCAGAUUGCACCAAUGAUUUGAAUGGACACUAGACCCAAAGUGACAGUACAAGACAUUUUGUGUAAAUGAAGAGAGCACAUUGUAUAGUGAGUAAAAUGGUGUGAAUGGUCUGUUUGGGGAACAUCAGAUGCGUGACAAUUCCACUUUGAACAUUCUGGAACAUUAUCAGCUGGGUGGAGUACCUCAAUCACUUCCUGGAAAGAGCACUCUGCUGAUGCAGGUUUAUCUCAAUGCUUUUCAUCAUGUUAACAUUACUGGCCAGCUGGAUUGCUGCCUAUCACUCAAACUGACUGUCAAAGAAGAAUGUGGUCAUGAUUCCAUGCUUAUUCAAUUCAUGGUAAUCACACUGCACCUGUGGUGAUUUUUUUUUUCUCAUAAAUGUUUAUUUUUUAUCAUCAAACCUAAUUUUUCCAUUCAAUAACCAAUGUCUGAUUACCGCUGAUACAAUGUUCCAGUGAGCUAGGUUCUCAGAUGAUUAGAUUAAACCUAAAAGUGCUUUCACAUUUUCAGUUGAAGCUGAUACUUUUUCAGAUUGAGUCUGUAGAGCUGUGCAAGAUAACUGAAAUAAAUUAAUUGAUAGAACAAAGAAAACAA